GCCUGUUCUUGCUUUUCUUGGCCCGUCCACCGCUCUCGCCUCGACUCUCACUGGUCGCAUUGUACCCUGUAUUCCUCUUGUAUUGUUCUACACGGCAGAAACGUCACCCGCUCUCCCAUUUUUCCUAUUUACGCCUCGUUGUUAUCACUUUUUUACCCCCCUCCCAGGUCACUGCGAUUACUGCACUGUCUGUAAAAUAUCCAGAUCAUGGCUGGAGACCGUAGCGACUCAUCAUCCAAUCUCGAAGCUGAACGAGAGAAGGAGCGAGACAGAGAUGAUAGAGCCGAGAAGGGUUCCAAGCAACCAAAGUCGUCGUCGUCGAAAGCCAAAGAUCUCUCCCAUGUACCUUGCAAAUUUUUUAAGGUUGGAUCAUGCACUGCCGGUUCAUCCUGCCCUUUCUCGCAUGCUUCUCAAGAGCCGGGAGGCCAGAAGGAUACUUGCGCUUGGUUCGUGAAGGGUAACUGCAAAUUUGGGCACAAAUGUGCACUUGCUCAUAUUCUACCUGGUCAACCUAUGGCUAUGGAUAGGAAGAACAAAAAGGCUGCCCAGGUGGCUGCAGGCGGCGGUAGGGAGAAGGGCAGUCGGGGUAGCAGGAAAGAUAGCCAAGCACCACCCUCCCGUGCCUCGCUUGCACCUAACCGUGGUUUGCAAUCGUCGAGGCCACCUAUUACCAUGUCACUCAAAGCUAGCAUAUCCCCGUCAGCGCCAGCGCCAGCCCUUAAGGACACCGAUUUUUCUUCCUUUGGCGCUUUGGAGGAAGCGUCCAAGUUGCCGAUGCUACUCCCACCAUCCCUACUGCGCCUGCACCCAAAAGAUCAGCCGAAGCCGGACGGAAGUUCCUCCUCCCCUGGCAGCCUUCCCGUAUCCACGCCCCGACGAACGAAUUUGUCUCCACACAAACCUCCCAUUGAUUUUGGCUCUAACGCUGCAUCACCUCAUUCUCGCGUAAAUGGCAAUGGCAUCGGUACUUUCUCUCCAGGAACUUCACCUGCUCAGAGGAAUAUCAACGGUAACUUCACGUCUUCAUCCCCAUUUUCUGCUCCACACACUUCUUCUGUACUCUUCAACUAUCCUGGAGAGCAAGGAAGAGCAGGCUUGGCUGCCAGUCUUGGCACAGGCUUAACAAUGGGCGGUAGCUUCGGAGGUCGCAGUGCCUGGAAUGCUGACGUCGGCGGUAUCUCGUCCAGCCACGUUCCCAGCUCGAACUUGAACGCGUUCGGACGUGGGGACUUUGACUUGGAAGACGAUACACGAGGCGAAGAUAAGGUGACGGACGGGGAAAUGUUCUUGCCCGGGUCGCUCUCUGAGCUGCUGACAGCCGAAGAAAUCAACAGGAGAAAGAUACAGCAGAGUGAAGUGCAGGUGGAAGCUCCGCACCGGGAGAGCCAGCUUGGAUUAGGUGUACCUAUUCCCAGUGGACCACAAGCGGCUACGAGUGGACACCGUCACUCGCGUUCUGUCCCCGCUCCCUCGUUACUUAGUGACGUGGGCUCCAUUUGGUCAGACGCGUCCCACGCGCCGCCUGUUCCGCCAAUUCCGGCCGGUUUGCCGUCAUCUCCUACGCGUAUCGGAUUUGGCAAUGGUACGCCCACGUCGUUCACGUCUGCGGCGUCUGGCUUUGGAGGCCGUUCGUAUGAUCCACUCGGUGAGGGCGAGUCACUUCUGGCUCCAAGCAACGCAAGCGGUGCUUUCUUGCCAGGGUUGCAUCAGCAGUACUUCCAAUCAAAGCAGAACAGUUCCUUGGGCUUAGGAGGUUCGGGACGUGGUGUUCGUAACACCAGUAAUCCUAUCUUCUCUCAACCAGGCGCCACCGCCGCUGGGAUAUCAAAUUACCUACAGUCGGGUCCGGGUGGCGACACCUAUCUUCCUGGCGGUCGUCCAAUACCUACCCAGCCGCAACAACACCAGCCGGAGGAUCUACACCUGAUGUCUCCCAACGCGCGGGCUCUACAUGCUCAUGCACCAGGUCAGAGUCUUCCUCAAGGUCUUGCCGCAGGUUAUUCUCGCAUCCACGCUCAGCCACCUGUUCUCGUCGCUUCACCUGGAUCUACUGGCAUCGGCGGAUUCAGCAUGUCACCAGGUCUCACGAACGUAUUCAAUCCAGGACCUUACGGUACUAAUACGUCCGAUGACUGUCUCGUUGCGGGGGUAAAUAGUGGGAACAAUGGGCUGGACUCGUUUUCGAAACUGUCAUAUUCCGCUGCUGCUGCAACAAGGGGCUCGUCAUCCGGUGGUAGUCCGGGCAGGAAUGUGACGGGAUCAUUCUCUCAUCGACCUCGUCUUGCGUCAUCUGGUGGUCCAUUGAGUCCCUUGAGUGGUCCAGUUGUGACACGCGAUGAUGUGGACGAUGAUGGAGAGCUGUUCAGUAUGGAUGGGUAAUUGUAGGGCAAGCAACCGUUCAUUUUUGUCGCCAAAGUGUACGUAUAAUCGUUGUCGGACCGUUGCUCUGAAUUCGCUUCGUUCAAGUUCUAUCUAUUUUUUCUACCCAACUCCUUAUUUCUCCUAAUGUCCACCUUGCAUAUAUCCGUGCCUUACCACGUCCACUUCCUUUCUUUUUACUUAUUGACGUACGCUGCUUGCUCGAUCUCUAUUUUCCGCUGAUUCUUGCUUGGUUUACUCAGCCCAGUGCUGAAACAAUUCUGCUCUCUUUUCCUUUGGUUUCCUACCCUCACCCACGCAUGCAUAGUCGUAGGAACUAUAUAACGUCCGCUCACGACCAAAGUAGAUCUAACAUAUAGUUGUAUCAAUAUUAACCCCAAAA